CACUGACAGACGAUGGAUGCCCACAAAAGCUUACCUUGAGCACUUUGUGUAUAAAUAUUAAAAUCAGGUAUGAAAUACUCUUUAAAGCAUCAUGUGUACAGUUAUAAGUUUAAUCUUAAUAAAAUACUGUUUACACUGGAUUUAUAUUAGCCAAUAACCUGCUGAACUUCCACCGUAUUUAAAUACUGUUUGACUGAUUUAAAAACGGUCCUUUUAAUAUCAUUUUCAUAAAUCAGGACUUUAUAUUCUGAAAAGUUAUAAUACUGAUUGAAAACCACAAUUUUUAAAUUUUCUCAUACACUAACACACUUUAUUAACUGAAAUAAACAACUGAUAACUCAAUGGUUUAAACUUGUAAAUUUGUUAUCUUAUCAGUGAUGGAAGUUCAAAAAUAAAAACGACCAAACUCCACAUAUCCAAUAUCAACAGCAAAACAUUUCAGUUUAAAAACUGUGAAACAAUUUGAGGAAUACUUUUUUUCCAAGGUAAAACAUGGCAGUCUCAGGAAAAAGAGCAUCAAAACAAUUUUCUUCAUCAACAACAUCCAUGGCAUCAGAUGAAGAUCUUCAAGUUUACUGCCAGCCUUGUGACGAGGAAGGAACUAGACUCCCUGCCCAUGGUUACUGCACUGACUGCAAGGAACACCUUUGCAACACAUGCUUUACAGCCCAUAGGGUAAACAAGUUUACCAAAAAGCAUACACUUCUGGAUGCAGCAAGUAUGCCUAAAGUUUUGCAGCAACCCUCAUCAUCCCUUCACACAGGUCUGUCGGAUGACUUGACCUUGCCAUGUUGUAAACAUCCAAAAGAAAUUAUCAAGUUCUACUGCUGUGAUCAUACAGAAUUUCUCUGCAGUGUUUGUGUUACCCUUGAACAUCAAGCUUCAUCCUGCAAAGUCAACUAUAUACCAGAUAUUUCUGGUGAUAUAAUAGACAGCAAAGAAUAUCAAGUUAUCUUGAAUGCAUUAAAUACCACUUCUGACAAAUUUCAACAGAUAUUAAAAGAUGUGAAGAACAUGACACACAAAUCAAACAGCUCUGUCAAAGAUGUCAUAGGAGACAUUAAAAAGUUUCGGCAAGAAAUCAACCAAAGACUAGAUGAACUUGAGAGACAGGUUGAAGAUGCAGCUAAAGUCAUAGAACAAGAAAACAACAAACAUCUACAAGCAGUAGAAACAGCAUGUGAAGAUAUAACCAAAUCUUUGAAGAAAUCAUCAGACAAAGUCAAACAGCUCAACAGAUCAAAACAAGCUGACAAACUCUUCAUUGAUUUGAAACUUGCGGAGAAAACAAUAAAAGAUAUGGAGGGAAAACUACUAAAACUCUCAUCAAAUGAUAUCAAAGAGCACAACUUUCAAUCAAAUGAUGUAAUGUUAAAUUUGUUUAAAACAGAGAAGUCACUGGGUACACUGACACAGAAAGCUUUAAAUACAGAAUGUCAACCUGAACAAAUAAAGUCUAGACAAUCUUCACAUGUGGGAAAUAUCUGUGUGAAGACAUUAAAAGAUAUAUGCAGGUGUUGGAUAACAGGGAUUACUCUGCUGUCUCCUGAUCUUCUUGUCAUCACUGACUACAAUAACAAUGCUGUUAAGAUGGUGGAUACCAGCAGUCAAUCUGUGUCUGAUCAACUACAACUAGAUUCUAGACCAUUUGAUAUCACCAGAGUAACCAGUACUGAACUUGCUGUCACACUUACUGACAAACAAACAAUACAGUUUAUAUCAAUCUCAUCAAACAAACUCAUAAAGAAGCACACUGUGAAGGUUGAUGAGGAAUGUCAUGGUAUAAGCUGCUAUCAAGGUAAACUUGUUGUGUCAUUUCUUAACCCUGCAAAACUUCAGAUCUUUGAUAUGAAUGGCACUGUACUGACAACAAUUGAUGGAAAAAAUAUUUUCAAAUAUCCAUGGUAUAUCACAUGUAACAGAAGUUCUAUCUAUGUAUCUGACAGGAGCGUGAAGACAGUAACAAGAUUAAACUGGCAAGGUGACGUGAUAGGUAGUUAUAGUGGUAUGAGUGAUCCUAAAGGAAUAUCACUGUCAGAUGAUGGUACUGUCUUUGUGUGUGAUAAUAUGAGAAAUGUUAUAGAAGAGAUAUCAGGAGAUUGUUCUACAGGAAAGGUGGUGCUGCAGGAUCUGAAGAGACCAAGGGCUGUAUGUUGGUGUGGAGAAAAAAAGAAGCUGUAUUAUAGCAGUUAUACUGGGGAUGCAAAAUAUGACAACUUCCUUCACAUCCAUAACCUGUCAUAGACUAGAACAGAAACUUAGUUGAAUUAAAUCAAACAAUGUCAGCAGUUUUUCAAUAUUAAAAAAAAAAUUGCGUCAUCCAUUCUUCUCACUACACAUGUUUUAAGUUUUGUCAGAAUUUUUUUUUAAUGUUAAAAUCUUAUGUUAUGAGUCAUUAAUGGUUUAAGCAAUCCUUUCUUAUAAAAGCUUUGGUGAGAAAUAAGGAAACCAGUACCAGUCAUGCCGGGAAUACAAGGAAUAACAAGAGCACCUCAAGCAUGUUAAUGCUUGUUCAAGGCAACAGCUAUCAACAAAGGGACAUAAUUCCUAAAAGGAUAAUGUCCCUGGUCAUACAAUUGUGCAUUGUGAUGAUAAUCAAGUAUUCAAGUUUCAUGUUGAUAUUAUUCACAGUUUUGAAAUCAUUCUACUUAAUAAGCAAUUUUGACAAAAGUAAAAAAGGGGCAUAACUCCAAAAGUAUAGCUUUAAGAAUAAUGCCACUCUAAAAAUGCUCGGUGUAUCAACUGUGCCUUGAUGACAACAACAACAACUACAAUUCAGCAAUCAAAAAAACCUUGAUUUUUUUUCAAAA